AUGGCGGACCCCAGGGCGGAUCCGGGCCGCUUCGCUUCCGCUUCCGUCCGCCGCCAGGGGGCGCCCGCCGCCACUUCCGCUUCCGGCGGGGCGCGCGGCCUGUGGCGCCGCCUGGCGCGCGGGUGCUGCGGCUGCUGCGGCUGCUGCGGGAAUCGCGACAGGAAUCGCGACUGGGAACCGAUCCCCGGGGAGGUGCCGGGCAGGAGAGCGGCGACACCGCUGCGGCCAGGCCUAUUGGCUCCCGUCAGGCUCCGCCCCGGCACGUCGGCCAAUCGCGUGGCUCACCACACCCAGGAGUUCGCGCGGCGCCCCCUGGUGGUGCGGCGGGGGCAGCGCUUCCACGUGGGCGUGGCCCUGCCCCGCCCCCUGCGCGAGGGCGACGCCCUCUGCCUGGAGCUGACCCUGGGCCCCACCCCCCAGGUAGCCAAGGGCACUCACGUCCUGGUCCCCCUGGGCGGGACUUCGGCCACGGGCUGGACGGCUGAAACGGACGAGGGCGUGGCCGAGGCCCUGGGGGGCGUGGCCGGAAGUGACCACACCCUGUGGGUGGGGCUGACGGCCCCGCCCACGGCGCCCAUCGGGCGCUACCGGCUGAGCGCGCGGACGCGGAGCGACGCCGGGGAAUUCGCGGCGCCGUUCGAAACUGACAACGACGUGGUGGUGUUGUUUAACCCCUGGUGUCCUGAGGACUCGGUGUACAUGGAGAACACGAGCGACCUCAGCGAGUACGUCCUGAACGAGAGCGGCCGAAUCUUCUACGGCACCGAGGAGCAAAUCGCCGAGAGGUCCUGGAAUUAUGGCCAGUUUGAACCCGGGGUUUUGGACGCCUGCCUGUUCAUCCUGGACCGCCGGGGGAUGCCCCACAGCGCCCGCGGCGACCCCGUCAUGGUGGCUCGGGUGGUGUCGGCCAUGGUGAACUCCCUGGACGACAGCGGGGUGCUGGUGGGGAACUGGACCGGGGAUUAUUCGCAGGGAACGAACCCCUCGGCCUGGGCCGGCUCCGUCGGGAUCCUCCGCAGCUUCCACGGCUCCGGGGCGCCCGUGCGCUACGGCCAGUGCUGGGUGUUCGCCGGGGUGGUCACCACUGUGCUGCGCUGCCUGGGCCUCCCCACCCGCACGGUGACCAAUUACAACUCGGCCCACGACACGGACACGUCGCUGACCACCGACAUUUACCUGGACGAGGGGAUGCGGCCGCUGGAGCGGCUCAACACCGACUCCGUCUGGAAUUUCCACGUGUGGAACGAUUGCUGGAUGAAGCGCCCGGAUCUCCCCGACGGCUACGACGGGUGGCAGGUGGUGGAUGCCACCCCCCAGGAGACCAGCAGCGGCCUGUUCUGCUGUGGGCCGUGCUCAGUGACCGCGGUGAAGAACGGCGACGUCUUCCUCAAGUACGACACACCCUUCGUCUUCGCCGAGGUUAACAGUGACAAGGUGUACUGGCAGCGCCAGCCCCACGGCGGGUUCUCGGUGGUGCACGUGGAGCCCGGCGCCAUCGGCCGCAGGAUCAGCACGCUGGGCCCGGCCGGAGCGGCCAGAGUGGACAUCACUGACCAGUACAAACAUCCCGAGGGCUCCGAAGAAGAACGCCGCGCCGUCUCCACCGCCACCUCCCACGGCUCCCGCCCUCGCCGCGCCGCCGCCUCGGCGCCCGGCGAGGUGACGCUGACCCUGGGCUCGGCCGCGGCCGUGGCCGGAGCCGAGCUGGAGCUGCGGGCGGUGGUCAAGAACCAAGGGCUGGAGCCUCGGACGCUGCUGCUGCGCCUCUCGCUCUGCGCCGUGCGCUACACCGGCGUGGCCGGAGCCGCCUUCCGGCAGGAGCAGCACCGCCGGACGCUGCCCCCGGGGCAGGAGGACACGGUGACCAUGGCGGUCAGCUACGCCGAGUACCAGCCCCACGUCGGGGACCAGGACGCGCUGAAGCUGACGGCGGCCGGGGCGGUGCAGGAGUCGGGGCAGGUCCUGGCCAAGGAGCUGCUGGUGCGGCUGCACACGCCCGAGCUCACCCUGACGCUUUUGGGCCCGGCCGUGGUCGGUCAGGACGUUCCCGUGCAGAUCGUUUUCCAGAACCCUCUGCCCAAACCCCUGAGCGGAGCCUCCCUGCGCAUGGAGGGCGCUGGGAUCGCCUGUCCCAAACCUGCAGCGCUGGGGACGGUGGGGGCGGGGCAGACUCUCCGCCUCAGCCAAUCAGUGACCCCGCUGAGGCCCGGACGGCGCCGCCUGGUGGCCGCUCUGGAAAGCGCCGCCCUCCCCCCCCUGCACGGCAGCCUCCAGUUCGAGGCGCUAACUGGGAGCACUGGGAGCACUGGGAGCGACACUGGGGGGACUGGGGGGACUGGGAGGGACGGGGGGAGGAGGAGGAGGAGGAGGGGGAGGCCUGGGGGGAGCACGGGGGGGUGA